CCUAGCAAGUAGCAAAGCUUGCAAUUGCAACACACACACAUACUAGCGAGCAUCCAUCAAGAAGCUAGCUAUAAUGUCGAGGCCGCAAGCUAGGAGCUCGAGCUACCGGAAGAAAGCGGCGGCGGGGGCGUCGUCUCACCAUCACCACGGCGACAAGGCCCACUACAGCCAUGGCGGGAGACAGGCACCAAGGUGGCCUGCCAGAGUCAUGGACGGGUUUAGGAAGAUGCUGGUGGGCAUGUUCGCCUUCCCGCCGCGGCCGCCUAAGGUGACCUUCUCCACCAGCAGCAGCAAGGGCGGUGGGGAGGGCGAGGUGGCGCCCAAGAGGCCGUCGUGCAGCAGCUCCAACCUGCAGCCGGUGAACAACGCGCACUACGACGAGGCCAUCGCCGACUGCGUCGAUUUCUUCCACCGGUCUGCCAGGGUGGACGUCAGGUCUAGGCCUUCGUCCUCGUUGGCCCAUUUCUGAAUGCCCAUCAUCGUCAACUUUGUGUAUGUGUGUGUACGUGUCCACUUUGUGCUAGAUUACUUAAAUUUGCUUAUGUGUGUCUGUCAUGUUACUGUGUUUUUUCUCUUUUGACAUCUGUCAUGAUAGUAUGUUGCUGUGUGUGUUAGUACUAUGGACAGACAGCAAGAACCAACUGCUGCAGGUCAAUGGUAAUCAAUUAUCAAGCGUUUUUGGACGUGAGGAUGUUG